AUGCUUCGCUCAAUCCCGCUUCGAGGCCUACUAGCCGCCCGUGGCCUCCCCUUGACGGCUAACGUCGCCCGUGCCAGUGUCCGUUAUAAUGGUACCAAGACAUUUACCAAGCUGACGCUCCCCGCCGAUGACUUCGCGAAGACAAAGCUCGUUCACGGUACCACUAAUCUCACCAUUGCCAUCACUCCCAGAGCGCGUGACAAGCUUUACAAAAUCGCCAAUGACGACAAAAAUGCCGAAACUGCUUUGAAGAUCGACGUUGAAUCCGGUGGAUGUCACGGGUUCCAGUACAAUUUGGACUUGGCCACUCUUUCCGAUGUUUUGAAGGAAGACAGCGAUAUGCUUGUAUUUAAGCGUACUGAUGGCGACAAAGGCGACUACGGCGUGGCUCAGCUCGUUCUCAACGAAGCCAGUUUGGAAAUCUUACAGGAGCUGAAGAUCGACUAUACUAAGGAGUUGAUUGGUUCUCAGUUCAAAGUUGUUGACUCACCAUAUACCUCCACCGAGUGUGGCUGUGGGGCUUCUUUUGAUUUUGACUUUGAUAAAUUGGAAAAGGCUCGCCAAGAGAGAGGUGAGGCCUAA